AUGAGCUCUGUAGAAGCACAGCCAGUUCCGCUUGGCGGUAGUCGAGUGCCGGAGUCUAUGGGUGGCCCCAGUGGCCAGCCCUGGCAAGAGUUGGCGGAACAGCCGCCUCAGCCCAGUGAAGGCUACGGAAAGGCCUGUGAUAUGAUCAUUGCUUUGCGCGAGCAGAUAGGCACCAUGAAGAAACAACUUUCUAACCUCGCCUCACCCAUGAAGACCUACAUCUACAAAACAGGGCCGAGCGACCGGACGGAGAUAGAGAAGGCAUUGAGCUCCGUGGAUGCGUCAGCAGCAGCAAUAGGGGCUGCUGCGACAGCUGCAGCAGAAGCUGCAACAUCAGAUGCAUGCCUUCCCGCAGAAGUGAAGGCUGAGGCAGCAAAAGUUCUCAGCGCCCUGCGGAGCGACAUUACGCAGCAGUCCGCAGACAGCCGGGCGCUCUGCCUGGUGACUGCCGACAAGGCAGACGCUCACGCAGCAAGAAGCCAGCAGCAGCAGCAAGAGCAGCAAGAGCAGCAACAGCAGGGUAUGCCUGGGUUUGAGAAGGAAUUAUAUGGCGACUUCAACUUGCAGUUGGGGCCCAUUACUCGAAAGUUGUUUGCUGCGCAGACGAAGUUGCUGGCUGUGAUAAAAACUAUUAAAAAGCACAGAAUUGUUGGGGGAUGUGAAGAGGAAGACUUCAACAACUGA